CCUCGAGAUGCAGCUGUUCCACCUUAGCGUCUUGCUUCUCCUGCUUCUUCAGAACCCGAAUCCCGGCCAGGCCAAGCGGCUGGUUGGACCCCAUCCGACGGGUCUGACGGGCAGGAUCAAGGGCGGUGAGGAUGCCGAAAUAGGAUCUGCUCCCUAUCAGGUCUCCCUCCAGCCUAUAGUGGGUGCCCAUAACUGUGGCGGGGCCAUCAUCAACGAACGGUGGAUCAUAACCGCUGGCCACUGUGUGGAGACUUUCACGCCCGCCCUUGUCAACGUGAUCACCGGCACCAAUAAGUGGGCCGAGCCAGGAGCCGUUUACUAUACCGAAUCGAUCCACAUGCACUGCAUGUACGACCAGCCGUAUAUGCACAACGACAUCGCCCUGGUGAAGCUCACGCAGAACAUCACCUUCAACGAGCUGACGCAGCCCAUUGAUCUUCCUAUCCGGCCCGUGCGUCCCGGCGAUGAGAUCGUGCUCACGGGUUGGGGUGCUCAGGAAGCGUAUGGCAGCGCCAUGGAGAACCUGCAGAAGCUGACCAUGGGCUUCGUGCCUCUGGACGAGUGCUACGAUAUCUUCAACCAGACCAGCAGCAUGGGCGUGGGCCAUAUCUGCACCUUUUCGCAGGAGGGCGAGGGCUCUUGUCACGGCGACUCCGGCGGUCCACUAGUCAGCAAUGGCCGGCUGGUGGGGGUGGUCAACUGGGGACGACCCUGCGGAGUGGGUUUUCCCGAUGUCCAGGCCAAUGUGUACUACUAUCUGGACUGGAUUCGCAGCAAGAUCAGCGGCAACGACAGGUGCUACUACUAGAGUGUGGUUAAUUACAUUAAUUGCAAGCCUUAAAUGUUGCUAAUUAAUUUAAGGGAUGUACUUAACAAAAUAAAAAAAGAGUUGGCUCAAAAAUUGAAA